AUGUCAUCAACUGUGGCUACUUCAACAGUAAUGACGAGUAAUGAGUUUUGUGUAUUAUCUUUCAAAGUACAACAAGUGAUAGCAGUACGCGAACUAAAGUUAUUACCAGCACUGUAUCAAACUCGAGUACCACGACGUCCAGUACAGCCGAGGAUACCACGCCGUUCACUACAGCCGAGGACACCACGACGUUCACUACAGUCGAGGACACCACGACGUUCACUACAGCCGAGGAAACCGCGACGUUCACUACGGAUACCGAGACGUUCACUACGGGUACCGCGACGUUCACUACAGCCAAGGACACCACGACGUCCAGGAAUUUUUAAAACCGAUUUCGGUACAUCAUUUACACCUGCUGAUCCAAUUGAGUUAAUAAAUACAAUCUCGGUGUCAUCACAAAUCCGUUGUGCACAAACAUGUAAUGUGAAUUCCUUGUGUCGGACGUUCGACUAUGAUACAUUAUCUAAACGAUGUCGACUAUUUGAAGGUGAAAUAACAACCGGUCUAGUGAAUAGAUCAGCAGCUAUCCCAUCAACAUCAAGAGUUGGUAGUAUUGCAUAUACGCCACAGAUUUAUUUAGCCUAUAACCGAACAUGUGAUCAAUGUCAAAUAAAUCGAUAUUUAUUAUGUAUUAGUAAUACUUGUCAAUGUACUCCAUAUACAUAUUGGAACGGAUAUAUGUGUUUAAAUCAAGGAUACAAUGGUUCAGUAUGUCAAAAUGAUCAAUGGUGUAGAAAUGAUAAAAACUUAACAUGUUCUUCAUCUGAUUUCUGUGAAUUCCAUCGAAAUAUAUCUCUUGAACUUGAAUCAAACAGAUCAGUUAUUAAAAUGAUGGUUGAUUUUCCAUUUGGUGAGAAAAUCAAAUCAAACCAUAUUCGAAAAGCGUCGGGAAGCUUUCUGUUUCGAUCAUUCUUGAAAAUUCUAUUCAUUACGUUUGGAGUGAAUUUGAUAUUUCAAUUUGCAUUACAUAUGAGAUUACGUCAGGAAAAUAUGGUAAAGAAAAUCGACAAUUCUUUAAGAUAUAAUGCGACGAGAACAAUUGAACAAAAGGAAAUUUUAAAUAAAUCGAAAUUUGAGAACAAAGAUGGAAAAAAGAAAUGCAGCAAAAUAACACAUCCCAAAGAUAUUGAUCUUGAUUAUAAUAACAUCUAUUGGCAACGUUUUAUAUCAUCGAAUGGAACGUAUUACUUAUACCAUGCUUUUUAUGAUAAUCGUGUACUAGUUGGUUCUUCUCCAUUAAUACGAAUUCUUUCCGUGAUUGAUCGUAUAUCGCCUAUUCCAAUCUAUUGUUUAAUUUGGCUUCACAAUACUUCAAGUUCAAUCAUAACAUCAGCAACCUAUCAAUAUAUUUGGCAUCCAAAAUGGGGAAAUUAUCGUGAUGAAGUUCUUCAGCCAUUUCUCAUUAUUACAUUAUUCGAAACAAAUUGUACAAAACUAGGAAAUAACCUUCCAAUUCGUAAUAAUCGUCCAUUGGAUGGAAAGAAACAACCUUUUGCUGUUUGUGUGAAAGGAUUAGAAUUUCUUUCGGAAGAUAUCAGUGUCAAACUGAUUGAAUGGAUUGAAUUAUUAAAUCUUUUAGGUGCGGAGAAAAUCUUUUUCUAUGAAUUUGAUAUUCACCCAAAUAUCAGUCAAGUACUUGAAUAUUAUCAACAACAAGACAAAGUUCAUGUUGAAAAAUUAACUUUACCUGGUUCUCAGCCGAAUUCACCUGAAAUUCGAGAAAAAUAUUUAAAGGAAAAAAUGAUUAAUCGACGUCAAAAUGAACUUAUUCCAUAUAAUGAUUGUUUUUAUAAAAAUAUUUAUUUCUAUCAUUAUAUUCUUUUACUUGAUAUUGAUGAAGUUAUUAUGCCAUUACAACAUCGAACUUGGUUAGAAACGAUUCAGGAAAUUCAAAGAAAUUGGUUAAACAAAAAUGAAACUUAUACAUCAUUUAGUGCACGAAAUGUUUAUUUUUUAGAAGAUCUCGAUGAAGAGAAUAGUACUGAGAUUGGCCAAUUCAAUGAACAAUUGAAUAUUCCACCAUAUUUACAUAUGUUAACACAUAUUUAUCGAUCAUCUCAUUAUACGAUAUCAGGAGCCUAUGUGAAAACAUUUUUUGAUACAGAACGUCUUAUUACUUUACAUAAUCAUUUUCCUCUUAGUUGUUUUCGUCGUUGUCGUGCAUAUGAAAUCAAUAUCACACUAGCACAUUUACAACAUUACAGAAAAAGUUGCGUUAAGGCAAUACAAAAAUCGUGUCAGACUGAACAUCGACUUCAUAGAAUUCGAGAUACAACGAUAUGGAGAUAUAAAAAUGAUCUCAUUCAACGAACGUCUUUGACAUUGAAAAAAUUAAAUUUUCUUAUUUGA